AUGUCAAACGCAUAUUUAACGAUUGAUCAUCUGGGUGAAUCAACAUCAACUCGUCGUUACAAAAUCCGUGAGAAAUUACUUUCACUCACUGAUAAUUACAAAAUCAAAGAUGAAUCAGACCAAGAUGUUUUCACCGUUCGAUCAAAACUUUUAACGAUUGCUGAUAAAAUGGUUUUAGAAGACAUGAAUGGAAAUGGUUUGAUUAAGAUUGAAGAAGAACUGUGUCAUUUACAUCCAACAUACAAAAUAUUUUCAAUACAUGAUGGUGAUAAAGGCCGCCAAUUAGCAUUAGUCAAGAAGAAAUUUUCGUGGAAUGAAAAGUUUUCAGUUAAUUCAGUCUAUGGUGAAUAUAAAUUAGAAGCAUUGGAUUUUCUUGGUCGUUCGUUUACAUUGAAAAAAGAAGAUCGUACAGUGGCAAUUGCAAGCAGGAAAUAUUCGAGUUUGGUUGAUACCUACGAAGCAGAAAUUGAUGGUAGUGAAGAUCAUCCAUUCGUCUUAGCCCUGAUAAUUAUAAUUAAUCAAGCACUGCACCAAAGCAGUUUUGGAGCCACUGGAACUGCUUACGUUCCUACAUAUAGCUAA